GAAAACGGCAGGCGGUAAGACAAAAGUACAUUAGGUUUGUAUCUACCAUGCACUGUUUCGGGCGAUUUUCUGCAGGUCCGAUUCAAGCUCCGACUACGGCUACGGCUCAGACGCCAAUUGGAAAUUCUGCCGGCUCGCUGCAGUCAUAUCAGCAUCCCGCCAGGUCCACAUCAACAUGUUUCGGACUCGACUGGCGAACCAGCUGAUUGAGUAACUAAAACAAGAUGCUUUGAGCCCUUGCAAUGACAGGCCAAGGGACCUCCACGCCCUAUAUGAAGGGCACGAAGCCUCUCACUGUGGUCAUAAAGCUUGGGACCAGUUCCAUCGUAGAUGAGAAGACCCACGAGCCUAUACUCUCAAUCUUGAGUCUUAUAGUCGAGACUGCUGUGAGGUUACGCAAAGAUGGCCAUAAAGUUGUCAUUGUGUCAUCUGGCGCCAUCGGCGUCGGGUUGAGGCGGAUGGAUGUUGACAAGCGGCCUAAACAUCUGUCCAAACUCCAAGCCCUGGCAGCUAUUGGACAAUGCCGUCUCCUCAGUCUUUGGGAUAGUUUAUUUGCCCAUCUGCAGCAGCCUAUCGCUCAGAUCCUCCUUACCCGGAAUGAUAUAGCAGAUCGUUCAAGGUACCUCAAUGCUCAGAACUGUAUGGCCGAGCUUAUGGACAUGGGCGUCAUUCCCAUCGUCAAUGAAAAUGAUACACUAGCUGUGGCCGAGAUCAAGUUUGGUGACAACGAUACUUUGUCGGCCAUCACAGCCGUCAUGGUGCACGCCGAUUUCCUAUUCCUAAUGACGGACGUGGAUUGCCUAUAUGACAAGAACCCACGGACGCACCCAGAUGCACAACCUAUCGAAGAAGUCGAAGAUAUAGGAGCUAUACAAGCUGAUGUUUCAUCAGCGGGCUCUUCAUUAGGCACUGGAGGUAUGGGCACCAAGAUCGUUGCAGCGCGACUCGCGACAUCAGCCGGAGUAACAACAGUUAUUACACGCUCUUCUGCUCCAGGUAACAUGGUCAAGAUUGUGCGCUAUCUACAAGCCAAAAAGAACCUUACAAAAAGUGCAUCACAAGUAUCAUUGUCACAGGGGACCCAUAGCGCCGAAGAAAGCCCAGCAGCAACCGAAAUUCUAUCUCAUUCAACGGUAUCUCUAGCUCCUGAUGCGCUAGAGAAACCACCAUUACACACACGUUUUCUUCCACUAUCAACACCAAUCCGUGAUCGCUACUUCUGGCUCCUACACGGUCUCGCACCCCACGGGACGAUAUACAUCGAUGCGGGCGCGCACGCCGCGCUCUCCGACAAGGCGGGCUUACUACCCGUCGGCAUCUUGGAUGUAGAAGGGAACUUCGCACAACAAGAAGCAGUGCGCCUCGUCGUCGUAGACCGUCGAGCAGCGCCCGAUACACACCACACUUCCACCACAUCUAUCCCCGGAUCCACGACGCCUAUUCCCGUAUCAGCAAAAUGGGAAGCUUGCAACCCCGUCGAGGUCGGCCGCGCUCUCGUCAACUACGCGGCUUCUGAGAUCGCUCGUAUCAAGGGCCACCGUAGUAGCAAGAUUGGCGAACUUCUAGGCUACGCCGAUAGCGAGUACGUGGCGUAUAGAGAGAACAUCAGCUUGUUCAGGAGGGAGAGUCGGCCUGUCUCACCUGUGCUAGAUCUUUCUGCUAGUAUCAGCAGCGGUGUGGCGGGGUACGAGGUAGGAGAGGCCAUAUAGACUAUCGAGCGAAUGGCAGCUAUAAAAUAACAUGACGAUCUUGAUGAUGGAUUCGAAUUCAUCACUUGUACACAUUUCCCUUAGUAAGAGCGGCUAUGGUAAUAACAAUAAAACGAACGGGUAGACAAAACAUCAAAACCAAUAUCCAAGUAGGGCUAUGAAAUCGAGAAUCACGAAUCAAAGGCAAAAUCUUGUAGAGAUUAAAUAG